AUGCAAACAACACUCCGCUUGCCUGUUGUUUACCGUAAAUAUUACAAUUUUUAUUUUGGUUUUUGAAAAGAGAACACUUUAAUUUCAAGGUAAAAUCUUCGAGUUUCAAGGUGACCAAUGUUAUCGUCAACAAUUCGAAGACUCUCAACAAAACCCGCAGUGGUUUCAAGUAGGUUAUUCAGGAUAAUAUUUGAAAAACAAUUCAUUUUAAGAUCAUACUGCGUAUACUUCUGAAUUUUUCGAUCAUAUUCGUCAAAAAGUAUAUGGAGAUGAAAGAAAAAGUUGACAAGGUUGUUGUAAAUGUUCACACCGAUGAUGAGCCUUUACCUGUUUUAUUGAAUCGUAAUAUUUCAACCAGUUAUCAUGCAUUCAAUCGUGAGUUUUCUUUAGAUUGGCGAAAAGUUACUGCGAUGCAAAAGAUUUUGAAACGCCAAUUUUUAAUAGUGGAAACUUGAAUUUAUUUUGUUCAUUAGAAACACCAGAUUGCACCAUUUAAGUUUCAAAUAAUGAAAUGCUUUUUAAUUUGUGGCAAAAAUUAAUUUUACACCCUAACCCAUUUUACGUAUAUUAUUGCAUUUGUAUUUAUUUUUCAUUUCAGAUCUUUCAAAACACGUAGCUGAUAAUGCUGUUCUUGUCGAUGUUCAACCAAAUAUCGGAGGUUCAUACACUUCUUGCGUCAAUCAACCACUUCAAGAUCAAGCAACAAUUCGAAAAAUCGAUUUUGAUUCAUCCGAGUUUGUCAACCUUUUGAAUGAUGCCUAUUGGCGUUCUUGCGCUCUGGUUACAGCUGCAAUUCUCAAAGAAUCAUUAGAUGUCAAUCUAGAAUUCACUAUUCCAAACAUUGAUGUUUCUUCUGGAUUUUUCCAUGUUGAUGUCGAAGGAUUGAAUGGAAAUGCUUUGAGUAGAGACGAAUUGAAUACAAUCAAUAGAUAUGCUAAAUCUUUCAUCAAAAAUGCCAAAGAUUUCGAAGUUGUUUCGAUUCCUUCUGAUUUAUCCGACGAAGUUCCAAGGUUUGUCAUUUUGAAUUGAAAAUGUUUCAAAACAUACGCUGGAAUUUUAUACAAACAACGAAAGAUUUUUGACACAAACCCCAUAAAUCUCAAUCGAGAUAACAAGUUUUGAAUUAGUGAGAAGUUCAUAUAUUUUUAGUAAUUAUAUUGUUCGAAUUGGUGAUCAUGUAUUCCCAUCAUCUGGUCUUGUUAUUCGUUCCACUUCUCAAAUUGGCCGAUAUUCAAUUUUACACUCAAAAUCUUCUGGAAUUGAAACAGUCAGUGUUGGUGGUGUCAGUUUGCCAUUUUCACAACCAACUUCUUCAUAUUCAUGGGGUUUGAUUGUGAAAAACGCGUUGACAAAAUAUCAAAAAAGUUCGUCUUCCUAA